CUCACUCGUAUUAAUCGUGUUCUGUACGGCAGAAUAUUUCAUUUUUCAUAUAAUCGUAUAACUACUAUUUAAAAUUAAAUGUUAAUUCUUAUUUCUUAAAUUUCUUUAAGUAUUUCGUAUUUUUGUCCAAAAAACGUGCUUGCAUCUUAUAUACUAAAUUAAAUAUGUUACUGAAUAUUAGCAAGUUGACCUGCAGAAUAAAACCAUUAAUGAGUUAUAGAGUUUAUUCUAAGAAAAUAGAUGAAAUACUACCAAAAAACUUAUUAGAAGACGUCUAUACAGCAGCACAACAAAAGCAAUUGGGUGUAAUUUAUGAUAAAAGGCCAUUUAAAAUUACACUAGAGAAAGACAAAAAGUAUAAUUGGUGUUCUUGUGGUAUGAGUCGACAACAGCCAUUUUGUGAUGGUACUCAUAAAAAUCAAAAAUUUCGAAUAACAAUGAAACCAGUUCGAGUUCAAGUAGCAGAAACCAAAGAAUAUUGGUUAUGCAAUUGUAAACAAACAUCUCAUCGACCAUUUUGUGAUGGCACACACAGACAACAACACAUACAAGAUGCAAUUAAGAAAUAUUAAUUACCGAUUACUUAGUAUUUUUUGUAUAUUUUAUGAGAUAUAGUUUCUUUUGUUUGGGCACAUAUUAUUUUCAAGUGGAAAAAAUAGUUUUUCAAUGAAUUAUUUAAAAAAAAAAAUUGUGCUAUUCUAA